UUGCAGUUCCUUCUGGGCCUGUGUGGACUAGGGGCACAACGCGGCGCCUGACUGGCAGGAGGGGAAAGCGGAGACUCCUUCAGGUUUCCAAAGAGGUCCGAGCGGACUGUAUUAGGAAAUCUUGAAGAGUCUUACACUUUUAAUCCUCCAGUGAUUGAUUGCGCUGUGAGGACAUUGUGGUGAGGUGGUAAGUUGUAAAAAACAACUGCUUUCCUGGCCUUUUACAACCUAGUUAAGAAUUUGACUGACAAAAUGUUGGCACCAGCUGUGGAAGAGCUGAUCAGCCUCAACUCCAAAUCUCUAUCCUGAGACACAGCAACAGGAUGUGCCUCGGAGAAGAAUCUCAGGAUAGAGAAUUUUUGAUUGAGUUCCAAAUCUGCAAGCUCAGGGUUCUGUUGGUCUGGAAGUAAGCAGGGGAAUACAAGGAGUUGAAAUUCACCAAGUUGAGGUGAGAAAUUCAGUGGACAGCAGCAAAAUCUACAAAGAUUCAAAGCUCUGAAAAUACUUCAUCUGAAAUUUCAGACUGGACAGACUCACAGUGGCUUCUAAGCCAGUGAGAACAAAGCUGCCAAAGCAUGCUGGUGCCAAGCUGUCAGAUGAUGCACGUAGUCAGGCCAAUGGUGGUGCUCCUGUGCUUGCUACUCAAUGCUGAUGCUGAAACACCACCAAAGUUUACAAGAACUCCCGUUGACCAGACAGGUGUUUCUGGAGGAGUCGCCUCGUUCAUUUGUCAAGCCACAGGAGACCCAAGACCUAAAAUUGUCUGGAAUAAAAAGGGAAAGAAAGUCAGCAACCAGAGAUUUGAGGUAAUAGAGUUUGAUGAUGGAUCUGGAUCAGUUCUCAGAAUACAACCACUGCGAACACCACGAGAUGAAGCUAUUUAUGAAUGUGUCGCUUCCAAUAGUGUUGGCGAAAUAAGUGUGUCCACAAGACUCACUGUUUUACGCGAGGAUCAAAUUCCCCGAGGUUUCCCCACCAUUGAUAUGGGCCCACAGCUGAAGGUGGUUGAACGAACUCGUACAGCUACCAUGCUAUGUGCAGCCAGUGGCAAUCCCGAUCCUGAAAUAACUUGGUUCAAAGAUUUCUUACCUGUUGAUACAAGCAAUAACAACGGCCGCAUCAAACAGUUACGCUCAGGUGGUACACCAAUAAGAGGUGCCCUGCAAAUUGAACUGAGUGAAGAAUCUGACCAAGGCAAAUAUGAGUGUGUUGCAACCAACAGUGCGGGUACACGCUAUUCUGCCCCUGCCAAUCUAUAUGUCAGAGUUCGACGGGUCCCACCGAGGUUCUCUAUCCCCCCUACCAAUCAUGAGAUCAUGCCUGGCGGGAGUGUAAAUAUCACAUGUGUUGCGGUGGGGUCACCAAUGCCAUAUGUGAAAUGGAUGCUAGGAGCAGAAGAUUUGACACCUGAGGAUGAUAUGCCGAUAGGGAGGAACGUCCUGGAGCUUAAUGAUGUCAGGCAGUCUGCAAAUUAUACUUGUGUUGCUAUGUCUACCCUUGGUGUUAUAGAAGCAAUAGCACAGAUAACUGUCAAAGCCUUACCCAAACCUCCUGGAACACCUGUGGUGACAGAAAGCACAGCAACAAGCAUAACAUUGACUUGGGAUUCUGGAAACCCUGAGCCAGUUUCUUACUACAUAAUCCAACACAAACCCAAAAACUCUGAGGAGCCAUAUAAAGAAAUCGAUGGGGUGGCCACAACACGCUAUAGUGUGGCUGGCCUAAGCCCAUAUUCCGAGUAUGAAUUUCGUGUCAUUGCUGUAAAUAACAUUGGGCGAGGACCACCCAGCGAGCCUGUGUCAACAAGGACUUCAGAGCAAGCACCUUCAAGUGCACCACGCAAUGUGCAGGCCCGUAUGUUGAGCUCUACCACCAUUUUGGUACAGUGGGAAGAACCCGAGGAACCUAAUGGACAAAUACAAGGUUACAGAGUUUAUUACACCAUGGACCCCACUCAACACGUCAACAGCUGGAUGAAGCACAAUGUGGCUGACAGCCAUAUUACCACUAUCGGGAAUCUGGUACCCCAGAAAACAUACUCUGUAAAGGUUCUUGCUUUUACUUCUGUUGGGGAUGGACCACUUUCUAGUGACAUUCAAGUCAUCACUCAAACAGGAGUGCCUGGUCAGCCAUUGAACUUCAAAGCGGAACCUGAGUCUGAAACGAGCAUAUUACUUUCCUGGACACCUCCACGCUCUGAUACGAUUUCCAGCUAUGAACUGGUUUACAAAGAUGGGGAGCAUGGGGAGGAGCAACGAGUUUCCACUGAACCUGCUACAUCUUAUCGCCUGCAAGGCUUAAAGCCAAACAGCUUGUACUUAUUCCGUCUAGCUGCACGUUCUCCUCAAGGCCUGGGCGCUUCGACAGCGGAAAUCUCAGCAAGAACCAUGCAGUCAAAGCCAUCAGCUCCUCCUCAAGACAUUAGUUGCACAAGCCCCAGCUCCACUAGCAUUUUGGUAAGUUGGAAACCUCCACCGGUGGAAAAACAGAACGGCAUUAUCACUGCAUACUCCAUCAAGUACAUUGGGAUUGAUGGAGAAGAUGUCAAGCCCCAUGAAAUUUUGGGAAUUUCCUCGGACAAUACCCAAUACCUUUUGGAACAUCUGGAAAAAUGGACUGAGUACCGGAUCUCUGUGACUGCCCACACUGAUGUUGGACCUGGCCCAGAGAGCUUAGCAGUAUUGAUUCGGACAGAUGAAGAUGUUCCUAGUGGUCCUCCUCGCAAAGUCGAGGUAGAGGCUGUCAACUCUACUGCUGUUAAAGUGUCAUGGCGCUCGCCUGUGCCCAAUAAGCAGCAUGGUCAGAUCCGAGGAUACCAGGUCCACUACGUGAGGAUGGAAAACGGAGAGCCAAAGGGUCAGCCCAUGCUGAAGGACAUUAUGCUGGCCGAUGCACAGUGGGAAUAUGAUGAUACUACUGAACAUGAAAUGAUAAUUUCUGGGCUUCAGCCUGAAACUACAUACUCUUUCACUGUGACAGCCUAUACAACAAAAGGUGAUGGAGCACGCAGCAAGCCCAAACUCAUAUCUACUACUGGUGCAGUUCCAGGCAAACCUCGGCUUGUGAUUAGCCACACACAGAUGAACACGGCUCUUAUUCAGUGGCACCCUCCUGUGGACACCUUUGGCCCGCUGCAGGGUUAUCGCCUGAAGUUUGGUCGCAAAGACGUGGAUACAUUUACGACCAUGGAGUUCUCAGAGAAGGAAGAUCACUUCACAGCUACAGACAUUCACAAAGGAGCUUCUUAUGUCUUCAGGCUCUCAGCUAGAAAUAAAGUGGGCUUUGGGGAGGAGAUGGUUAAAGAGAUUUCUGUUCCUGAAGAGGUACCCAGUGGAUUUCCCCAAAACCUCCACUCGGAAAGCUCUACUUCUACAUCAGUUCAAUUAACUUGGCAGAUGCCACUCUUGGCAGAGAGAAAUGGCAUUAUCACCAAAUAUACCAUCUUGUACAGAGAUAUCAAUGUUGCUUACCAGCCAGUUGAACUCCCUGUUGUUCCUGCUGAUACCACUAUGACACUUUCUGGCUUAAAACCAGAUACCACAUAUGAUGUAAAAGUACGUGCCCACACAAGCAAAGGGCCUGGUCCCUAUAGUCCAAGUGUCCAGUUCAGGACACUACCCGUGGAUCAAGCAGUGUUUGCAAAAAAUUUUCAUGUUAAAGCAGUAAUGAAGACUUCUGUUUUGCUCUCUUGGGAAAUUCCAGAAAAUUACAAUUCAGCCUUGCCUUUCAAAAUCCUUUAUGAUGAUGGGAAAAUGGUGGUGGAGGUUGAUGGACGUGCUACUCAAAAGCUGAUCACAAACUUGAAGCCGGAGACAUCAUAUUCAUUUGUGCUGACAAACAGAGGGAAUAGUGCUGGGGGUCUUCAGCACAGAGUGACAGCAAAGACUGCACCAGACGUGCUUCGCACCAAGCCAGUCUUCAUUGGAAAGACCAACUUAGAUGGCAUGAUAACUGUGGAACUUCCAGAAGUACCUUCAAAUGAGAAUAUAAAAGGUUAUUACAUAGUUAUUGUGCCUUUGAAGAGGUCUCGUGGAAAGUUUAUCAAACCAUGGGAGAGUCCAGAUGAAAUGGAACUAGAUGAGCUGCUUAAGGAGAUAGCUAGGAAACGAAGAAGCGUUCGUCUUGGGAGGGAAGUUGAAUUAAAGCCAUAUAUUGCAGCUCACUUUGAAGUUCUUCCUACGGAGUUCACAUUGGGAGAUAAAAAGCAUUAUGGUGGCUUUGAGAAUAAGCAGUUGCAGAGUGGUCAAGAAUAUGUCUUCUUUGUGUUGGCUGUAAUGGAGCACUCAGAAUCUACCAUGUAUGCAACCAGCCCAUAUUCUGAUCCUGUUGUGUCGAUGGAUCUUGAUCCCCAACCAAUUACAGAUGAAGAAGAAGGCUUGAUUUGGGUUGUUGGACCUGUUCUUGCAGUGGUGUUUAUCAUCUGUAUUGUCAUUGCUAUACUUCUUUAUAAAAGCAGUAAACCUGACAGGAAGAGAGCUGAAUCCGAUUCUAGAAAGAGCAGCAUACCCAACAGCAAAGAGGUCCCCUCUCACCAUCCCACAGACCCAGUGGAGCUGCGACGCCUUAAUUUUCAAACUCCGGGUAUGGCCAGCCACCCACCAAUACCUAUCUUGGAACUUGCAGAUCACAUUGAAAGAUUGAAAGCAAAUGACAAUUUGAAGUUCUCACAGGAGUAUGAGUCUAUUGAUCCUGGUCAGCAGUUCACAUGGGAACACUCUAACCUGGAAGUAAACAAACCAAAGAAUAGAUAUGCGAAUGUAAUUGCCUAUGAUCAUUCUCGUGUUUUACUCUCAGCCAUAGAAGGCAUACCAGGCAGUGACUAUAUCAAUGCCAACUACAUAGAUGGAUACAGAAAGCAGAAUGCCUAUAUAGCAACACAAGGGGCAUUGCCAGAAACCUUUGGUGACUUCUGGAGAAUGAUGUGGGAGCAAAGGGGUGCAACUGUCGUCAUGAUGACAAAACUAGAGGAGAGGUCCAGGGUGAAGUGUGAUCAGUACUGGCCAAGCAGAGGCACAGAAACUUACGGACUAAUCCAAGUGACCCUUUUAGACACUGUUGAAUUGGCAACGUACUGUGUUCGUACAUUUGCACUCUACAAGAAUGGUUCAAGUGAGAAAAGGGAAGUGAGGCAAUUCCAGUUCACUGCCUGGCCUGACCACGGUGUCCCAGAACACCCAACACCGUUCUUAGCUUUCCUGCGACGAGUCAAGACCUGCAACCCUCCUGAUGCUGGGCCUAUGGUUGUACAUUGCAGUGCUGGAGUUGGCAGGACUGGCUGUUUCAUUGUGAUAGAUGCCAUGUUGGAGAGAAUAAAGCAUGAAAAGACUGUAGAUAUUUAUGGCCACGUAACUCUAAUGAGAGCGCAGAGGAAUUACAUGGUUCAAACUGAGGACCAAUACAUCUUUAUCCACGAUGCACUGCUGGAAGCAGUGACAUGUGGAAAUACCGAAGUGCCAGCCAGAAACCUGUAUGCUUAUAUCCAGAAGCUGACACAGAUUGAAACAGGCGAAAAUGUCACAGGAAUGGAACUGGAAUUUAAGCGUCUUGCUAGCUCUAAGGCUCACACUUCAAGAUUCAUCAGUGCCAACCUUCCGUGUAACAAAUUCAAAAAUCGCCUUGUCAAUAUUAUGCCAUAUGAGUCUACAAGGGUAUGCUUGCAGCCAAUCCGAGGAGUAGAAGGCUCUGAUUAUAUUAAUGCCAGUUUCAUUGAUGGAUACAGACAACAAAAAGCUUACAUAGCUACACAGGGUCCUUUAGCAGAAACAACCGAAGACUUCUGGAGAAUGCUCUGGGAGCAUAAUUCUACAAUUGUGGUCAUGCUCACUAAGCUACGAGAAAUGGGCAGAGAAAAAUGCCACCAGUACUGGCCUGCAGAGCGCUCAGCCAGAUACCAGUAUUUUGUGGUAGAUCCAAUGGCAGAGUACAACAUGCCACAGUAUAUUCUGAGGGAAUUCAAGGUUACAGAUGCAAGGGAUGGACAGUCCCGAACAGUGAGGCAGUUCCAGUUCACUGACUGGCCAGAACAAGGAGUGCCAAAGUCUGGAGAAGGAUUUAUUGACUUCAUAGGCCAAGUGCAUAAAACAAAAGAGCAGUUUGGUCAGGAUGGACCAAUUUCUGUUCAUUGCAGUGCGGGUGUUGGAAGGACUGGAGUAUUCAUAACCCUGAGCAUCGUGUUAGAAAGAAUGAGAUAUGAAGGUGUUGUAGAUAUCUUCCAGACUGUCAAAAUGUUAAGGACGCAGCGGCCAGCCAUGGUACAGACAGAGGAUCAAUACCAGUUCUGCUAUCGAGCCGCACUGGAAUAUCUGGGCAGCUUUGAUCACUAUGCAACAUAAAAACCCAUCAUGGAUUUUUAUUGCAGGCCCUUUAAGAUCCAGAGAGCCGCUUCUGAGCCAUACAAUGUGCUUUAGAAGUACUUCUUAACUCUUAGCUAAGGAGCGAUUAUUGGGGAUAUAUAAAAUAAAAAAAAUAAAUAAAAAAACCACAAAAAAUAAUGGGGAUAUAUAAAACAAAAAGAAACAAACAAACAAAAAACUAUUCCAUGUGGACCAAGAAUUCACAGUUUAAUAACCUAACCAUAAUAAAAGAAUCCUGACCACUGAGGCGUCUGAAGGAUCUCAUUUACAGAUACCUCAAGGGUUCGACAUUGGUUGAAGUUAAAGGGAAGAGGAAAUUAAUCAGAAAAAAUGAUCAUCUUGUUCAGGAUUUCAUGCUUUUGCAAAGACAAAUUUUGAGAAAACUGCAGUUCAGUGCAAGAUGUUUAUUAAAUGGUUGAGUCCUGGCUUCUCAAACAAAGCGGACUCUUUACUUCAACAUCACCCCUUCCCAUCAUACUGCUCGUCAUAACACUUUAGGGAAAAUGUGGGAAUGUUUAAAAAGAAAGUCCUUGAUUUAGUUUUUUAGUAUUGUAAAGAUACUGCUGACCUGUGCUUCAUUUUUAACUGUGUAAACUUUUUCCUUUUUUUAACAAGAGUUUAUCAUUCAAUGAAGUGAAUUAAAGGUUGCAUAACUGUUAA